CAGGCAUCAUGCUGCGGAUUUCUGCCUUUCGGCUGCUAGGACGCACGGGGGCGAGUAGGCUCUCGCUCCUGGAGGACUUUAGCUUACGCCACUACAGUUCUGACCCUCUCGGUGUCCGGGACGAUACCCGAGACGCGCGCGCCUAUUUCACCACACCCAUCUUCUACGUAAACGCGGCGCCGCACAUCGGGCACCUGUACUCGGCGCUACUGGCUGACGCCCUGUGCCGACACCACCGCCUCCGAUUUCCCAGCGCCGCCGCCACGCGAUUCUCCACUGGUACCGAUGAGCACGGCCUCAAGAUUCAGCAGGCAGCAGCCGCUGCGGGCCUGGCUCCGUCCGAGCUGUGCGACAGAGUCUCUGCCCAGUUCCAGCAGCUUUUCCGGGAGGCUGACAUCUCCUCCACCGACUUCAUCCGCACCACUGAGGCCCGGCAUCGGAUGGCUGUGCAGCAUUUCUGGGGGGUGCUGAAGGCUCGGGGUCUUCUCUAUAAGGGGCUCUAUGAAGGUUGGUAUUGCGCCUCGGACGAGUGCUUCCUGCCUGAAGCCAAGGUCACCAGGCAGCCCGGCCCGUCGGGGGAUUUGUGUCCUGUAUCUCUGGAGAGCGGGCAUCCCGUCUCCUGGACCAAGGAAGAAAACUACAUUUUCAGGCUUUCCCAGUUCCGGGAGCCGCUCCAGCGGUGGCUGCGGGGCGACCCUCAGGCCAUCACCCCGGAGCCAUUCCAUCACGCAGUCCUUCAGUGGCUGGAAGAGGAGCUGCCUGACCUAUCCGUCUCUCGAAGGAGUAGCCACUUGCACUGGGGCAUUCCGGUGCCGGGGGACGAUUCGCAGACCAUCUACGUAUGGCUGGAUGCCUUGGUCAACUACCUUACUGUAAUUGGCUACCCAAACGCUGAGUUCAAAUCUUGGUGGCCCACCACCUCUCAUAUCAUAGGCAAGGACAUUCUCAAAUUCCAUGCUAUCUAUUGGCCUGCCCUCCUCUUAGGGGCCGGCAUGAGCCCACCACACCGCAUCUAUGUUCACUCCCACUGGACGGUCUGUGGUCAAAAGAUGUCUAAGAGCUUGGGCAACGUGGUGGAUCCCAGGACAUGCCUUGACCGCUAUACUGUGGAUGGCUUCCGCUACUUUCUCCUUCGUCAGGGCGUCCCCAACUGGGACUGUGAUUACUAUGGUGAAAAGGUGGUUAAGUUGUUGGAUUCCGAGCUGGCAUUUGCUUUGGGAGGUCUCUUGAACCGAUGCACUGCCAACAGAAUAAAUCCUUCUGGGACCUAUCCGGCUUUUUGCACUACCUGUUUUCCCAGUGAGCCAGGGUUGGUGGGGCCAUCAGGUCGUGCUCAGGCAGAGGACUAUGCUCUGGUGAGCGCAGUGGCCACUUUGCCCAAGCAGGUGGCAGACCACUAUGAUAACUUUCAGAUCUAUAAGGCCCUGGAGGCAGUAUCCAGCUGUGUCCGGCAAACUAAUGGCUUUGUCCAAAGGCAUGCACCAUGGAAGUUGAACUGGGAGAGCCCAGUGGAUGCUCCCUGGCUGGGUACUGUGCUUCAUGUGGCCUUGGAAUGUUUGCGAGUCUUUGGAACUUUGCUCCAGCCUGUCACCCCAAGCCUAGCUGACAAGCUGCUGUCUAGGUUGGGGGUCUCUGCCACAGAGAGGGGCCUUGGAGAGCUCCAUUUCUUGCCUCGAUUCUAUGGACAUCCAUGCCCUUUUGAAGGGAGGAGGCUGGGACCUGAAACUGGGGUCUUGUUUCCAAGACUGGACCAGUCCAGGGCCUGGCUGGUAAAAACCCAUAAGACCUAGAAACUCAGUUCUUAUUAGCUGUGGUAAAAAAGCAAACAUCUUAUUUUCUUAUUUUUCAUUUUCAGGAAAGUUAUACUAAUGCUUUCUGAAGUGUUGCAUCAAAUGAGCACAUAAGUAAUGUCCCUGUGAAAAGAGGUUUGUAGCCUUUCAGGAGCCUACUCCCUACUCUUCAGUUCUCUGUGUCCAUUAACCACUGUCCUUUGCACCCCAGUGUCUCUAAGAUGUCUCCAGGGGAAAGGUGGGUAAGAGACAACUUUGCUGAUACUACUCCUUCUCAUUGUGCCUCUGUCCAAACCACAGUUAUUUGCUCAGACUACCUCUCAUGGCUUGUUUGUCACUGGCCUGGCCUCUGCUGGGCAAAUUAGUGCGUGUGGGGGUUGGAGGCCCCCUCCCUCAGUUUUUACUUUGUUAUAUAUGUUGGGUCUCCUGUUAAAAAGAGGUUGUUUCAUUAAACCUUUAAAAACCAGUGUCCUAGACUAGAUGAUUUUUGCCUAUGUUUAUAUUCUCAAUUCUUAACAACUCCCUGUUAAGACUCCCUGCUUUGCUAGUUAAUAAUCCAGUAGUUGUGCUUUGUAACAUUACACUUUAACCAGUAGGUGGCUCUAGUCUCACACAUUUAAUUACUUAACAUUGAGGUUUCAGAAUAUUUAGAAUAGGUUUUCUGCUUCCUAAUUUUGCAAAAUUUAAAUUUAAAGAAAAAAUUUUUAUUGCUUUCCUUAAAAUAAGGAUAACUGCAACCACUGCUGUUUUACAGUAAGCAAUAGAAAGAUCAGAAUCCUUAGUUUUUUUCAGACUACUGAAAAAGGACAUUUACUCUAUUAAAUGUUUAGUAAGCUAAUAAGUAAAGGUAUCACGUUUGUUUGGACUAUGAUGAAUUAUA